UUGAAAUCGAUAAUUUAGAGUUCGUUUCACAACUUCAAAUAAAAUUAUGGUCUCAAAAUCCAGACACUUUAGCGAACGUUGAUUCGAUUCAACUCCAAUUAUGGAGGGUUAACAUCCCUAUUAAUGAUGAAAAUAAACUGAAAAUAUUAGAAACAUCUUACACAAACAUUGACGUUGAAGAAAAACUAGAUGGAUUGAAAAUGCUCCCAACAGAUCCUAUUUCUAAUUACUUUAAUGAACAAUUCCCCAUAGAGAACACUUGCAUCAAUAUCAUUGUACAAACAGAAGCAGUUAAUUGGGAUAACAAAUCAAUUUUUACUUGGAUACAAUAUGUGAGACGUUCAAGUGAGAUUGCCAAACCUAAGUUUGUGGAGUCGUAUGGUGCUAAAUUCCCUUUACAAGGUCGAGACGAAACUAUUGAAAUUUUAUUUAGAGGAACUAUGGAUAAGAAUGGAAUUUGUCAAAGGUUUCAACAACGUAAAACGACAAACAGAUAUAAUCACCCUAUUCCCAUUUUGGCUAAUGGCCCAGGCGCAGGAAAGAGUCGAUUCCUUCAAGAAUUGCCAACCUUAUUAUGUGACCAUGUCGAGAAAUAUACAGAUGAUAAUUUCCUUAUAAAUUCAAUUAAAAACCGGAUGCUCUCUAUCAACAUCACCUUUGGAGAUGGUACCAUUGCGUCAGAUGAAGAUAAUCAAUUUUUAAGAAGGUGUGGUAAAUCUCAACUCAAAAUUAUCGAUGCACUCGAGAUUAUUCUUAUGGAUGUUGACGUUAAUAAGAAUGACGAUGAUAAAACCAAUUUCAUUGUUAUUGGGAUUGAUGAAUUAAACCACUUACACAACCGGUAUGGAAAAGAAUUGGAUCCACAACAAAAUCCUGUUCUUGCAAUUGUACAAGCAGCUGGAAGAUUAAAUUGCAGUUGUCAAAAUGUAUUUUACUUACCUAUCUUAGCCGGAACUAUUCAAGGCCCUCUGGAAGAAAUGUUUAUAGGAUCUACAUAUCUUUACUUACACUUACCAUUACGUCUUCUUCAUGAUGAAGAAGUAUGGAAUAUUAGUGAAAACAUAGCAAACACUGAAAAUCUGGCUAAAUAUAUCAAUAAAAGUACUUUCCGUCGAUGUAUUAGUGAUCUUGGUGGCCAAGUUCGGGCUCUAGAAAUAUUCUAUAAUAUACUGUCGAGGCAAGUGAAAUGCCAAACUAAUUACAUAGAUUAUGUGUACAUAAUGUCAGCUGUUAAGAACUCGCUAAAGGAAAAAUACCCAUUUGUGCAAUAUGCAAAUGCCAUAACACCAGCCAUUUUAAAUUACAUUGAUCUUUCAUCACGUGGUGUUUUAAAUUUGGAACCAACACAUACCGGCUUUUAUGUUCGUAUGCCAUAUAUGUGGGUGUGGAUAUUAACAUCAUUCAAUAAAAUAUCGGGUAACUUUUGGGAUGUUAUGAUUGAUCAAAAUCCGCAUGUUUACUGGCAAGAAAUAUGCAUUUCAGCUCCAAGUGUAGACUCCAUUAAAUAUCAAAUACUUGACUUUCGAUUCCCUAACACGGUGCAGAAUUUACAUUUGUCACCUGGCAUAGUGUAUAAAAAUGGUGCUGGUGCUCCAUGGAAUCUGUUUUUUUUCUUAGAUAAUUACCUUUUUGUCAUCCAAAUCAAAUAUUCGGAUGUCAUGUCACAAAAAUCUCAAGUAUUUGAUGAGAGGAUGUUAAAUUUAGAGUAUGAUAAAGUUAAGAAUGCAUUCAAUACAUUGCAAAAUUCAUUUGAAGGAGAAUUCCCCAUUAAGAACUGGGUCCUUUUAAUAUGUACAAAUGGACAAAAGACAUCGAAUUCUUUGAAUUCAUUACCAAACAACUGUUUUGUUGUAGAUUGUGAAAAUUUUAAGGAUUUUUACGGGUAUACAUUUUCCAGUCGUGCUGAAUUUUCUGCAGCUAAUGACACAAUUGAUGUUAACACUGCUGAGGAUUAUGAAUUAAAAACAAUUAAAGGAAUAGGGGAGAAAACUGCACAAGAUAUAUGUAAUAAAAGACCGUUUUAUGAUGAAAAUGAUUUAUAUAGUAAGGUAGACAUAAAACCCGAAUCAAGAAAGAAGAUUAAAGUUAUAAGAAAAAGAGACCUCUCUAAAUGCACCCCCUCGGGGUAUAGUGAAAAAUUCUAA